AUGGCUCAAACCUCGAUCGGCCCAUCAUUACUCAGUCCUGGGCCCUCAUUCAUCAAUCAUGGGCCCUCAUCUUACAAGUACGGCCAGUUCUUCCGCGAUUGGUUUCGAAACCUCCAAGAGCUGCAUCUCUGGACCUUGGUCGAAUCGCAGGAUAUGGACGAGGCAAUACACGGACACCUAACCGCGAGACCGAUGUUUCUUGCCAUGGUCGCCGACAUCACGCAAUACCACCCGUGGUUGAAGAAAGCGGUCCGGAAAGCUGACAGCGGUGGUAGAUCGGUCACCACCAGAGAGGCCGUCAUUCCUGGCUCUGUGCCUAAUAUUAUUGUCAGCGGCAAGUGGGAGUUUCGAUCGCACGUCGAUCUGAUGCGCCGCGCUGAGACCGACGAAGAGGAUAUUGGAGUCGAGUGGGUGUAUGAUGACCACGGUCGCUAUGUCAGAUCCAAGGUGAGUGGUACCGUGCUAGCGAAUGCUCAAGGACAACGAGAUUUCUUUUUCGCGUUGCAUCAGUAA